AUGGCUCUCAACAUUGACAGGGGCAAUACAGACCCGUUCUACCGCUAUAAGAUGCCUCGGCUCGUAGCCAAGGUAGAGGGAAAAGGAAAUGGCAUUAAAACUGUGAUUGUCAACAUGUCAGAGGUGGCUAAAGCAUUGUCCAGGCCUCCAACCUAUCCUACCAAGUUUUUUGGCUGUGAGUUGGGUGCACAGACUCAGUUUGACGCUAAGAAUGACCGCUACAUUGUUAAUGGUUCCCAUACUGAUGAGAAACUGCAAACCUUGCUGGAUGGCUUCAUUAAGAAGUUUGUUCUUUGUCCAGAGUGCUCAAAUCCUGAAACAAAUUUGGUUGUGCAGGUGAAACGAGGAACCAUUCAGCAACGCUGCAUUGCUUGCGGCAACCUUGGAGCUGUGGACAUGAGACACAAGCUCACUACUUUUAUCCUAAAAAAUCCCCCAGACCAGGACACUGCAGCCACCACUGCUGCUACUCCUAGCAAAGGCAAGAGGAGCAAGAGAGAAAAGGGUGGUAAAAAAGAGGAUGAUGAAAAGGACAGAGCUAGCCCUGAGGCUACUCCGGCAACUGCCCAGGAGCAGAUGGCGGCCAUGAGAGAGUCUGGCAAUAUGAUCAGUCUACCACCAUCGAAAAAGAAAGCUAACAAAAAUGAUGACGAAGAUGAUGAUGAUUGGGGUGAUGAGUUCACCGAAGAAGCAAUUAAGCAGAGAAUGGAGGAAUUGUCGGAUGCUGCAAAGGGCUUGGCUUUUACAGAUGAUUUAGAGAAAUCUGCAGAAGACCGUUUGAACAUGAUCUAUGAGUUAAUCAAGAUCAAGAGAGAUGAUGGCGAGCUGAUCAAACCUGCUGCCAUCAAGGAUCUGUUUUCUGAAGCUGAGAGGUUGGAGGUCACAGAUAAGGUGCCUCUAGUCUUGGUAGAGCUGUUGCUUAAUGAACAAGCUUUAGCUCAGCUGCAGAAGUACAAACAACUGUUCCUAAGGUUUUGUGCCCAGAAUCCAAAAGCCCAGAAAAGUCUGCUUGGUGGUCUGGAGAUUCUGCUGGUCAAGGAGUAUCCAGAGCUGAAGUCCAAGACCAGCCAUAUUUUAAAAGCUCUCUAUGACCUUGAUAUCCUGGAGGAAGCUGUCAUUCUUGAAUGGGGCAAAAAG